GAGAGGGCUGGCUUAUGAUGUGAUGCUAAAGAGACUGAGCCAGGACCAGCAUGAGACAGCGGAUUCUCAAGCAGCAGCAUCAUGCAGUAGUCACUGUUAGCAUCAAUCCUACUGCACCAGGGACUCAAGCCUCAUCUCCAGGUCAUAGCAGCCUUCUCACCCCACCCAGUCCAUCCCUAGGAGCCCCCUAUAGAAGAGGAGGAAGAAUUUUGUGAUGCCCCCAAAAAGGAGAGUUCCCAAAGAGAAAAAAGAUCUGAACAAGCCAGACAGUGCGGUGGCCCCCGCGUCUAGUGGCCAAGAAAAAGCAACAAAGUCACAAGAGAAACUAGGCCGAGUUGUGCCAGCAAAGGGGCGCGGGCGACGCACGAAAGAGGAGUUGGCAGAAUCUGUUACUGCUUUACAGACUAGCUCUACAGCUGACACAGCGGGGCCUGAAAAACUCCAGGAAGCAACAAUGUCUGACAAAAGUGAUCUAAAAGCCGAGCUUGAACGUAAAAAGCAAAGAUUGGCACAAAUACGGGAAGAAAAGAAACGAAAGGAAGAAGAAAGAAAGAAGAAAGAGGCAGAAAUGCAGCAAAAAACUGAACCGAUCCAUGAAGAUACAGAUCUGGAUCGCAAGAGAAGAGAAACAGAAGCAUUACUGCAAAGUAUUGGCAUAUCCCCAGAGCCACCUCUAGUCCCAACUCCUAUAUCUCCCUCUUCAAAAUCAGUGAGCACCCCCAGCGAAGCGGGAAGCCAGGAUUCCGUAGAUGGCACGAUAAUGGGGCGGAAUAUGCAGAGUGGCCUGCUUGGGACCCUGCAAUGGGACACGGAUCCUUCUGUGUUACAGCUUCACUCCGACUCCGAGCUUGGAAGAAGAUUUACGAAGCUCGGAGUAUCAAAGAUCACCCAAGUUGACUUCUUACCUAAGGAAGUGGUUACAUAUUCAAAGGAGACGCAGACCCCAGUGACAUCCCACCAAGUUGAAGAGGAAGAAGAAGAUGAGGAGAUAUUGGAACUUAAAACAGAUCAUGAUUCUGAAAUUGAAAAUCAAGAUGAAAAGCAAGACAAAAAGGAAGCUCCUCCAAGAGAACUAACUGAAGAAGAAAAACAACAAAUCGUCCACUCAGAGGAAUUCCAUAUCUUUUUUGACCGCACCAUUCGUGUGAUUGAGAGAGCUCUUGCAGAAGAUACAAAUAUAUUCUUUGACUACAGUGGAAGAGACUUAGAAGAUAAGGAAGGGGACAUUCAAGCCGGAGCCAACUUGUCAUUUAAUCGGCAGUUCUAUGACGAGCAUUGGUCCAAACAUCGCGUGGUCACUUGCCUUGACUGGUCUCUUCAGUACCCAGAGCUGAUGGUUGCAUCUUACAACAAUAAUGAAGAUGCCCCCCAUGAACCUGAUGGAGUUGCAUUAGUCUGGAAUAUGAAAUUUAAGAAAACCACUCCAGAAUAUAUAUUUCAUUGUCAAUCCUCGGUCAUGUCUGUCUGUUUUGCGCGUUUUCAUCCAAACCUUGUCAUUGGUGGAACAUACUCGGGGCAGAUAGUCUUGUGGGACAAUCGCAGCCACAGGAGAACCCCGAUCCAGAGAACACCACUAUCCGCAGCUGCUCACACCCACCCAAUCUACUGCGUAAAUGUAGUGGGGACCCAGAAUGCUCACAACCUCAUUACAGUUUCCACGGAUGGAAAAUUGUGCUCCUGGAACCUGGAUAUGCUCUCAGCUCCACAGGAAAGUAUGGAACUUGUUUACAACAAAUCGAAACCUGUAGCAGUUACUGGGAUGGCUUUUCCAACGGGGGAUGUCAACAAUUUUGUAGUGGGAAGCGAAGAAGGAACUAUUUACACUGCUUGUCGUCAUGGAAGCAAAGCCGGGAUCAGUGAGGUAUUUGAAGGUCACCAGGGCCCUGUCACAGGACUUAACUGUCACAAUGCUGUUGGCCCGAUUGACUUUUCCCAUCUCUUCCUCACCUCAUCAUUUGACUGGACAGUGAAACUGUGGACAACCAAGCACCACAAGCCGCUCUACUCCUUUGAAGACAAUGCAGACUAUGUGUGCGACGUCAUGUGGUCCCCGGUGCAUCCCGCGCUCUUCGCCUGCGUGGACGGGAUGGGGCGCUUGGAUCUAUGGAACCUCAACAAUGACACGGAGGUUCCAACUGCAAGUGCGACCAUUGAAGGAGCGUCUGCAUUAAAUCGUGUCCGCUGGGCACAGAGUGGCAGAGAGGUGGCAGUCGGGGAUUCUGAAGGUCGCAUCUGGAUCUAUGAUGUUGGAGAGUUUGCUGUUCCACACAGUGAUGAAUGGAGCCGAUUAGCCCGUACCUUGGUGGAAAUACGUGCUAACAGAGGAGACGGCGAGGAAGAAGCGGCUGAGCUAUCAACCUGAUUACAGGACAUACGGCUUCUCAAGCACAGUAUUUAUCUGCAGCUGAAUGUAUGAGUGUCAUCUGUUUUUGCUGAAACAUUCUAAAGUGGCAGUCCUUUUCUUUAAAGCUCCUCACUCAAAGAAGUGGCUUUUUUUCUGUAUUUUAUUUUCUUCUGUUGUAUAAACUAAGUGGUUACAGGAAAA